AUGGCUAGUGAAGAAUCAAAGGCGAGACGACUAUCACUAUUCUUUCGAUGGGAUUCUCUCGGAUUAUCUGGAUCUUUUAGGACUGGCUGCUACAACGCUUUGAAAGUCCUCAUCGCAGAGUGUUACGGUGGGUCUCAAGAUAUAUUCGAACUGGGGUUACGCGACUCGGAUCCGAAACAUGAGGGAUAUCGACACAUCCCCACGCUUUUUGAUUCAUUUAGACACCUUGGUCCAAAUUGCCACCAUCUAUGUCUUAUACUGGAGCCCAUGAGAGAGAGCUUAAGGACUUUUGGCAUGUUAUUUGCCAAUGAUCAGGUCCCAAGCUCGAUCGUGCAACGGUUUGGCCAGCAACUCCUUCUCGCCAUAGAUCAUGCACACCGAUCGGGCGUCAUCCAUACAGCGCUGAGAAAAAGCACAGAUAUCCAACCGCGGAAUAUUAUGGUCCAAAUUCCAGAGCUUUCAAUCAUUGACGAUUACCUAAGGAACACGACUCCGGACCCUGUGGCUUACAACCCUAGCUCUGAUCCUUCAGUCAUUAUGUCUCAACCUUUAAGGGACUUUUAUAUCCAAGAAUCCACCGAUCUGAUGACCCUUGAUGUUGCUCUUUGCGAUUGGGGUCGCCAGCUAGAUUGA